AAUUUUUUUUUUAUUGUAAUCAUGUCAGGACUAACCGGUCUUCUUGGUGAAUUACAUGGAGUAUGGAAUGCUGGUGUGCAAACGACUAGAGGUCAAGAUUUGUGGUAUAUUUUGGCAGCUGUGGUGAUAAGUACAUUGAAUCACCCAAAACACGUUUGUCAAGUUUAUUCUGUGGCUGAAAAGACCAUAGUCGAAACCACACUUCCGGAACAGCAGCAGAUAGAAAAGCAAAAGAUGGUUGUGAGACUACGAGAGGGUCUAUUCAAAAGCUUUCCUAUUGUGGGAUAUCCAAAGGUGAUCAAUGCUCUUUCUGAACUCAAUCAGGUCAUUCCAGACACUGUCAAGCUGGGACUUCCCACAGAACCUACCAGAAUAGAGGAUUCGUGGGAGGAUGUUGUUGAACAGAGAAGAAGAGGAAGAGAAUGCUUUGACAAGAUCUACGACAGACACAGCCAGAGAGUAAUAGACAUCAUGCAAGCCGGACACCCGGACUUGGCCCAGACAGCCCUGCAUCAUUUAUACGGACCAGUCCUGUCGGAUCCUCGUUCCUUGGACGGCAAAGACACAAGUCUGGUGGUUGUGGCUUGUCUGAUGGCCCAGAACUUGCCUUCCCAGCUCAAAGGCCACUGGUAUGGUGCACUCCACCAGGGUGUUACUCUAGAUGAACUUGAGACCGUCCAAAAGAGUGUAGCCAAACUCUGUGGGUUCUACAACGUGCCAUGGUGCCAGAUGCCAAAGAAAACACAAUAAACAAUCUUUAUCUUUGACGGCCUUUAAUUUGUUUUUGGAUCAAAACCAACAAAAGAUAUUUAGUUAUUUAUUUUUGUUGUAGGUCGUACGGAGGCGUGAAUUGUGCAUGGUCAGAAGAGUGGGGUGAUGGAUUCCUAUCUCAGCUAUACAAUAAUACAAUAAGAAUUUAUUUUUUUUAUGUAAUCGGAUCUUCCUUAUUGUUUUAUAUAACAAUAAUAAUAGCAAUAUAAAAAAUAUAAAAUAAAAUUCAACUUUAAAUG